AGAACACAACAAGCAAAUUGAAUAGUUGAAGGUGUAUUUUAUUUUUUUUUGCUGAUUAUGGGCUCUUCACCAUCCAAGCGAUCGGAUCCGGUGGAGGACAUUCGGAAGGAAAAACCGGGACCAGUUGAAAAAUGGGCUGAUCCAGUGGAAAGAAAGUCUCGUGACGAUGAAGCAAAAGGUGAAACACCAAAACAAAAAGGAACUGGAAAACGAAAUGCCAAAGUGACUCCGUCGAAUGAAUCUGAUGCCGUUCCGAAAGGUGGAAAGCUGAAAUUGACAGAGGGAGUUGUUCAGGAUUAUAUCAACAUUGAGAAAGCCAUAAAUCGCUUGGAACGGAAGAAUGUUUUGAAGAAGUUUGAGUCGCAAACAAUUUAUGCAGACAAUUUGAAGAAUACAGUUGAACAGUUGGAGGCAGUUUUGAAAGAGUUGAAGAAACAGACAGAACGAGAGAAAACAGAUCUCAAAAAUAUUGAACAACCUUCCGUUAGAGAUUAUUUGAAACAACAAGGACAAUGGGAUGAUAGAUAUUUAAAAGAAAAAGCUGAAUACGAGGAUGCAAUGGUUCGACAGGAAACAGUUCAGAAAGAGUUGAACAUUGCAAGAGUUAACUAUGAUAAUGCUGUCAAAAUUCAAGAAAUUUAUAAGCAACAAACAGACAAUUUAAAUGCAUUAUAUGAAGAGCAGGAUAAGAUGUUGGAAGCGAUAUUUGGAACAGAUUAUGCUUCGGAAAAGGAAAAUGUUCUGGAAGGAGAGGUGGAUGAUAUGGUAGAUUGGCAGCAGCGAGUUUCCCUUGCCAUGUUCAAAUGGGCAAAUGGAAGAGUUCUACUUGUCCAUGCUCUCACUCAACUCACUUUUGGAAUCAAUCGAUGGCAAGAUGUUCAGAAAAUUGAGAAAGAAAACGAAAGAGGUCGUUAUUUCGCCGCUGCAGAAGCUCGGAACAACUUUGUGGCAGCCGCGCAGAACGUUCAAUCUUGUCGAAUGUACUUGAACAAAGUUGAUUUUCCGUACGGAACUGAAAAAGAGAUUGCCCUCCUCGAAGAUACUGUUAACAAGGCUUUUCGCAAUGUGGAUAAUGAUUCUGAAAUGAAAAAGGCUCUAAAAGUAUUCCAAGAGACUCAACAAAAAGUAGCCGCUUUGAUUCAAUGGUUUGAUAAAGUGAUAAAUGAUACAAUUCGAAAAGAUUUGGAUCAAGCAAACAAUGAGUUGAUUAAGAAACAGAAGGCAUUGAGAGAAGAGAGACUUACUUUGAUGAAAAAAUUGGCCAAGGCACAACUUGAUAUCGACAUGAAAAUUGAUUAUGAUGACGUGGCAGAUGAUGAACUGGAGCGAGAAUUGAAAGAGCUGGAACGACAAGCUCUUCGAGACGUGGAGAAGUUGAAGGAAGCGGAUGUUCAAGGAAUUUUGGACCUGGGAAAAUCCGAUGGGCACAUCGUAACACCGUUGAACAAAUUGGCUCCGCUGCCCUCGAAAGAUGCAUUAUUUGGAGAUGUGAAGCAGAAGUUGGAUGAGUAUGAUGAAACGAGAAAACAAUUUGAAAGACGGAAUAAUCUGCAGAGGGAGAAACAAGCAAUGGCAUUACAGGAGAAGUUGAAGUUGAGGCAGCAGAAAAAUCGAAGAAAUAGAAAGGAAAGGAGGGAUAGUAUUGGAACACCUCCAUUGGAGCAACCUGUCAAAUCUGGAAAGAAGAAGUCUGCACAUCAUUGACUACGAUAAGAUGCCACUGGGAUAAUUUUCAUUUAACAGCCUAUUUUUGUGUGAUAAAGUUGUCAUU